AUGUCCGCUGCAGUUUCUACUUCCUCUACCACCGGUCCCAGUGUACCUGGCAUGGCGACUCCUGUUGCCCAACUCUCGGAGCAACAACAACAACAAAUUGCCGCCGCCCAAGCUCAGGCUGCGGCGCAAGCACAAUUCGGUCCUCCUCCCACUGCCCCUCAAGCCUCUGCCUCUCUUUACGUCGGUGAGCUGGAUCCCUCGGUGACUGAGGCUAUGCUUUUUGAAAUCUUUAGUACAGUUGGUCCAGUCGCCAGAGAUGCCGUUACCCGGAGAUCGCUUGGAUAUGCGUAUGUUAAUUUCCACAGUGUCGUUGACGGCGAACGUGCACUUGAUACCCUGAAUUAUACUGUUAUCAAAAAUAAGCCUUGUCGUAUUAUGUGGUCACAACGUGAUCCAGCCCUUCGCAAGACUGGUACUGGGAACAUAUUUAUCAAAAAUCUCGAUAAAACAAUUGAUAACAAGGCCCUUCACGAUACGUUUACUGCUUUUGGAAAUAUCUUAAGUUGCAAGGUUGCCAUGGAAGAUGGAUAUUCUAAAGGUUAUGGCUUUGUUCAUUAUGAAACCGCUGAGGCCGCUGAGAACGCUAUUAAAAGUGUGAAUGGGAUGUUACUUAAUGAUAAGAAAGUUUAUGUUGGUCAUCAUAUUCCCAAGAAGGAACGCCAAUCUAAGCUUGAGGAAAUUAAAGCCAAGUUCACAAAUAUUUAUGUAAAGAACUUGGAUGCUGAAGUUACAGAAGAAGAAUUUCGUCAAAUUUUCAUGAAAUAUGGAAAAAUUACAUCUGCUGUCAUUUCUUUUGACGAAGCAGGUAAUUCAAAAGGGUUCGGCUUUGUCAAUUACGAGGAUCAUGAUGAGGCAGCCAAUGCAGUAAACGAACUCCACGAUACUGAGUUAAAGGGUAAGAAGCUUUUUGUUGCACGUGCACAGAAAAAACACGAACGUGAAGAAGAGUUACGAAGGCAGUACGAACAAGCCAAGAUGGAGAAGCUCAACAAAUAUCAAGGAGUGAAUCUUUAUAUAAAAAAUCUUGAAGAUGACAUUGAUGAUGAAAGGUUACGUCAAGAAUUCUCCGUUUAUGGUGUUAUAACAAGUGCAAAAGUGAUGAGAGAUGAACGACAACAAUCAAAAGGAUUUGGUUUUGUUUGUUUUUCAUCCCCCGACGAAGCUACCAAAGCCGUAACCGAAAUGAAUGGGCGAAUGAUUGGCAAUAAACCAAUCUACGUAGCAUUAGCUCAAAGAAAGGAUGUGCGAAAAUCUCAAUUAGAAGCCCAAAUUAAUCAAAGGAACCAAAUCCGUAUGCAGCAACAGCAAGCAGCUGUUGGUAUUGGUGCCGCUACUGCGUAUGGUAUGCCUGUUGGGUAUACUACUCAUCCAGGAUCGUAUGGAAUGAGAACUGGUCGUCCUACUCAUUUUUAUGGUCAAGUCGGCAUGAUAAAUGCCGUUCCUGCUACAAAUCCUAAUAUCCGCGCUAAUAACUUUGGGCAAUUGGUUAACAGUAAUCGUCCUAAUGGUAGACCUCAGAAUAAUCCUCAAAAUUCAGGAAGAGGCAAUCCAAACGCUAAUCGUGGUGCGAGAAAUCAAUAUCAACCAACUGCUAAGCAGCAUAACCAGUUCGGGCAAAACAAUCGCGUUAGCAACGGUCAAGGUCCAUCAAAUACUCGCAACAAUAAUUCUAUGACUCAGGGCAAUGUUUCUACCGUGAGCUCUGUGUUUGAUGCUCGUAAGUUCGCUGGAGUUACGCAAGAGGCUCAAAAACAACUUCUCGGCGAGCAACUUUUCCCCAAAAUUUCAUCGCGUCAACCAGAAUUGGCUGGAAAAAUCACUGGAAUGUUGUUGGAGAUGGAUAAUGGCGAGUUGUUGCAUCUGCUGGAAAGUCCAGGGGCCCUCGAUUCUAAGGUCGAAGAAGCUGUUAAUGUGUUGAGACAACACGCAAAGGCUACGGGUCAAGACUUCCCCUUGUCGGAUUAA